UCGUAUCGUCACUCAUCACAUGACCCGCGCCACACUGUACUCCGGUAGGCCAUAUUUGACAGUGGGCCACUAGUUUAGCGACGUGAGUGACGUGAAGAUCGCCUCCACGUACGACGAUCCCGCGCGAGACUCCCGAUCUCCGUGCAACCUGUAAAUACAACACCCCGUGAUCGACUCGACCGCCGAGACCCGACAAAUCAGGCCACAAUGAGUGCAGCCACAGAAGACGCCCCGGUGUACUCGCCGUUCUUCGGCGUUAUGGGCGCCGCCUCUGCCAUCGUAUUUUCUGCUCUGGGAGCAGCAUAUGGCACAGCAAAGGCCGGUACGGGAAUCGCAGCGAUGUCUGUCAUGAGGCCAGAAUUAAUUAUGAAAUCCAUCAUUCCCGUUGUCAUGGCAGGUAUUAUUGCCAUUUACGGUCUUGUAGUGGCAGUACUCAUUGCCGGUACUCUUGGGAGAGCCCCUAAAUACGACCUGUAUAAUGGUUUCACCCACUUGGGUGCUGGUUUAGCUGUAGGCUUCUCCGGUCUAGCAGCCGGAUUCGCUAUCGGCAUCGUGGGCGAUGCCGGUGUGAGAGGUACCGCUCAGCAACCUCGUCUCUUCGUCGGCAUGAUCCUGAUUCUGAUCUUCGCCGAAGUAUUGGGUCUCUACGGCCUGAUCGUCGCCAUCUACCUGUACACCAAGUAAACGGUCAGUAGCGGCAUACUACCUGCCAUGGCUCCAUGCAAGACAUGUCGCCUGCAACCAACAGCGCUCCCCGACUACUAUUAUGCUACAAAACUUGUUUCGACAUAUUUUACUUAAUCACGUUACUCCAUGCAUACCUAUCUAAUUACCAUCUCGGCUCAUCUCUGCGCGUCCCCCUGUAAUAUCAUACUCAAAAAAAAAAGAUCGAUCUAUUUAGCGUACAGACAUUUAACCACGCAUUACUUGUCACUCGGAUUGCAUGAUUAUAAUCGAAGGUGCUGCGAUCGAGAGAAGUGCGGCCAGUUUUUUUUUUCUUGAUUUCGCGACACCGACGCGCAACGGCGCAUUUCGAAUCGAACGCUGCGAACGGUAUGAAGAAGAAGCGAAUGUAAUAGCGGAAAGAAAAACGGAAGAAAGCGUGGAAAGCAAAGGUCGACAGGGAAAUACAUAUACAUAUUUAGAGAAAAGAUCUCCUGUGUUAAAUCCCAUUGUCGAACAUUUCUCUUUCACUGUAUAGUAAUCAUUUAUAGCUUAGUACGACAUUGAAUUACCAGUUAAAGUAAUCGGCUCUACUGAGUGUAUAAAGGAAAAUAUGUUAUUGAUAAAAGAAUAUUUAGCACAAUUAUAUAUAUUAUAUAUAUAUAAAUAUAUUAUAAAUGCAAAUCGCGCGAAACGGCAGGUACGCGAAUAGGAAUCACACAAAAAUAAAGAAAACUCUAAAGAAACGAAAUUAUAUCAUCGGAAUAGAAGUAUGUAAGAGUAAGCGACACGCAAAUCGCGCGUGACAAAACGGCGUAAUGUAACAGAGCGAAAGAGAGGGAGAGGAAGAAAGAGAGAGAGAGAGAGAGAGAGAGAGUGAGAGUUUGUGAGAAUGUACCGGACAAGAUCUCGCGUGUACGGAGAUUGUGCAACUAGAAAUUAGUAGACGAAGAAUGAUAUGGUGGAUGAAACUUUAGUAAAAAGAAAAAAAAAGAAAAAAAGUAUGAAUGCGAGUAGUUGAUUCAUCAAGAUACACACGAUAGUAUUUUAAGUCAAUUGAGAGAGGCUGCUGGACACGACGGGAUUUUAUUAUUUCACGGUUAUUCAUGGACAACGAUACGUUGCCUCGGUAGACGAGAGAAGGAGGGGGGGAAGAAAGAAAAGGGAAUGAUCCGCUGAAUAAUCGGGCUGUCAGAGCCGCAAAGGCCAGCGGUCGACGCCUGAUUAGUCGCGCGAUUUUCAUCCACAUUUAUCUCCAUCGUCGAGAAUAACGUCGUCGUAUGUCAAUGGAGUAACGGGUACAUGUGAAGCUUGCGUAAAACCAUUAAGACCGUGCGUACCAGUAGACACAUCAGUACACACAUACACACACACACAUACAGAGAGAAAGAGAGACACAAUAUACCGUAUGAUGGCGAAAUCAAUGAUCAUCUGAGAGAAGUUAUAUUAUACGCUGAUAAUGACAUGUAAACGGAGGAUAAUUUGUACAUUCCAUAUUAAGUUCGUUCAGUGCAGGCGAGCGGGCGUUUGGCGUCUGACAAAAAAAAAAAAUUCACGAAAGUAGUAGUCCGCGCUGCGUCGAACGUCUCUCCGAGAAAUUGACCGAUCGCACAUGCACACGCAUAAUUCACCGUGAGGCGGCAGCCGGCGGACGAACGUGCAUUGCCCUGGAAUGAGAUUGUCCUUUGGGAGCUUGACGAUCGCAUUCCUUGUGCGCGCACGGUCUUUCGAUCGGUCGCCACCGUCACCAUUUCUUCCCACAAUCAUGUUCGGAUAUAAAAGGGCGAGGGGCAGAAAGAAAAAGCUAAAUCCGCAAGGAAAGUACGAAACCAGAGCGCCCGCUUGCCAUUUUCGACUGCGCAGUAUUUUGCUACCUAAGAAAAAGAUGCAGACAAGCUCAACGAUACAGGCGUAUUUCCGGCGAAGAGAGAGAGGUGAAAUCGAGAUUGUCGAAUUGGCAAGCUCUUGAAUUCGGGGACGAAAAAAAAAAUGAACCGAAAGGAUUAAUUGACAGCGUUUGUCCGGAGAAUCGCCGUUCUCGCCCUGGAAAUGCACCUGUAUACACAUCCCGCCGAGCAGAAACAAUAGUCUCGUUGGGAAUGAAGAACGAGCGAUAACGAACAUGGAAGAGAAGUUGCAAUUUUUUCGGAAACUCGCGUCGCUUAAAAAAAAAAAGAAGAAACGAAAAACUUGUGCACGAGCGAGCCGGGGAGCGGUGGUGGUGGUGGUUCGUUUACCUCUUUUUUUUUAAUCUUUUUUUUCCCCGUUUUCUCCCUGCAACGGGAAACGCGAUUUUCGUCGUUUUACGCUCGGGAGAAUUAACGCAGGCACGCUAGACACAUUUUACGCCAACUACCCUUCUUCCCUCUAUUUCUGUCCGUUGUAUAUUUUAAUAUAUGUACGAUAUAUCGGGAACACACCGAACGCGAUUGUAUCGCUGAAAGGUAAAUUAAAAAAAAGGAAGAAAAAAUCCGAGAAAGACGAACCCGGGGAUUUAAUUAUAGUUGUGCGCGCGCGUGCGAUAUGUAUAUGUACAUACCACCACGAUGCUUCACGCUGCGAUAAUUACAAUUUAGGCUAGACCUAGGUAAGGUAUUGUUGUAUACCAAAACCUCGUGUAGCUGAGUGAACGGUAAUUAUUCGGGUAUGUGCGAGAGAUUGCGUGAGAGAGAAUGAAAGAGUGUGCGAGAAGAGAUGCGCGUGAGAGCGAAAGAUAGAUGCACCUGGCAGAGGGAGCAGAGAGACCGCUGUCACCACCGCUGCCGCCACCCCCAUCUCCACCCCCCCGUUCCCCGCCCUCGAAAAUCCCCCGAACUCUACUAUCUUCCAGUGUUACUAAUAGACUCAUUGUUGAGCGCGAAAAAGUGAUACUGAUCGACGAUGAUUAUUUAUGUUAUAAUUCGUCCUCGAUGUUACAGAAGAACCGUGUUUAAUAAAAAUUUCAUUUGGACAAAAA